GCCAGGCACUGGAUGCUGCAUGAAGUUUUUUUUUCUUUUGGCACCGUGUCAACUAUGAAGCUGUUCUUUAUUUUAGAAGCGCCAUAUAAAGGAUUAAAGGCCAUUAUGCUCAGGAUUUUAAUUGUUAGAAUGUACUGGUUUCUUAUUAAGUUAAUCAUUCUCUAUUUUGGAGUUCUCCAAUUAAGGGCACUGAUGGAGACACCUACCUGGUGUGCAAUGUUGUAUGAUUUGAGUAUUGACAGUUACAUCCCAGAGAGUGUAGCUAAUUUUAAAGACAACAUGAUGUUUAAACAUGUUUCCAGAUUCUACUCUUAGUUCCUCAUACAUUUUUGAAGUGUUAAAUUGAUGAUCAUGUUAUCAACCUCCCUAAAUGUAUUUUUCUUUGUUUACUUUAUCUGGAGGAAGUCUUCCCCAAACCCAGAUAAUACUGAGUGGCAGGGAAUAUGGAGGGAUUUAGCAAAAAUCUUAGAGGGAUGGGGACACCUGUGUAAUCCUGAGAACCUAAGUAAGUAUUUAACUGAGGGAUGUUGCUGCUUAGAUAGAUCUCAGGUGAUUUGACUUAUUUGGGGCUUGGCUUGUGCUUACCAAGCUUUAUAUAAUACUGUCUUGAAGAGAGAAAGAGAGUUUCUGAGCUGAGAUCCAAGCUGAAAGGGCAAGUUGCUGUGUUGAACUAGAGAGAAAGAGCACUGUAACUGUGGAACCUGUUCAAUUACAGGAGGUGCCAGUAUUGGUGUCACUUGCCACCAUGCAAGGACAGAAAUGGAAACAGGUGUCAUUCACAUAUAGAAUGGAAAGAAGAAGCGGAGGAAGUAGAGGAAGACCCAGGUAAGGGGCCCUGUACAAAAUCACCAUUGCUGAGAAAGGUAACAGGAAAACUAAAAGACAAGAAGAGGAGAGUGAGGAGGAAGAGGUCACCGUUACCACUACUCAUCAACCUCUGAAAAUGACUGAAAUCCGAGCUUCGAGAAAGGUGUUUUCAUGGUGCCCGAAUGCAACUGUUGUCACCUGGUUGCUUUGGUGUUGGGACACUGAGGUCAGUAGCAUGACCCCUUGUUGCUAGAUGAUAAUGAAGCUCACCAACUGGAAAGCAUUUCUGAAGACUCAGCUAUUGGCAAAGGAAUUGUGGAUGUCUGUACAGAGCUGCCACCCUCUGGGAACAAGUGUUAUUGGCCGUAAAGGAAAGAUAUCCCUUCAAAGACAAUCUGGAGCCUGAGAUGAAGAAAUGGACUACUACUGAAAAAGGUAUCUAGUGUUUGAGGGAAAUAGCUCCUGUGGAAAUGUUGUAUGACCCCAAGUUUGUUCCUAAUAAUUUGUGCCAAGACGGUGAUCCUGGGAGAGUUAGGAGUACAUCAAGUAUGUGGCAGAAACUCACAUGAACAGCACCAGAAAAAUAUGCCAGUGCACUAGCAGCAAUGUCUGGAAGGUACGAGGAACAACAGAGAAGGCCCCUAGUGUUUGAACUGAUUAUUAUGCUUCAAAACUUGGAGUAACAGUUACCACUGUCUCUUGUUUAUAUUUAAGCCAUCUUGAAAGUAACAGGAAAACUAGAUAAAGUGGAGAAGCAUCAGGACAGUAGACUGGAAGAACUGUCUAUUUGUGAUGAACCCGUGGUGGUACCAUUAGCACCUGAUGAAGAUCAGGAUGAUCAGACCAGUCUACUGAAGGAGCUGAUCAAACUGAUUAAAGGUGAUGAAUCCUGCUCCUCACCUGUAUCAUCAAAAAUCUCAGCUAUUAGAGGCAGACAUCUUCCUGCUCAAGCAAAUGACAGUAGUAAAUCUGUGUUGCGUACUGCAUUGUGGAAUUACUUACAUGAGCAUGGGGAAGAAAUGAAGAGGUGGCAUAAAAAACCCACUCCUGUACUACGAGCACAGGUGAGAGAAUUACAAAGCAGAUCAACCACCAUUGUGAUCAGUCCAGUUACUGCGGGUCCUGAUCAUGACUCACAAGAGAAGAAGAAUGCAAGUAACAAAUAGAGGAGCCCUGCCCUCAGCUGGAGGGGAGGAAACAGGUGUAAGCAGCGAAAGAUGAGUCGUGGUUUUUCAGAAAACAAUAACUUUCCAUAUGACAACAAUCAAAUGGUUUUGGAUAUGAUCCUUUGUUCCCUAAUUGGUGUUUCUCAGCCUAUCAACUGGGACAGCGUGGCAAGGCUAGUUCCUGGAUAUACAUCCAAGGAGUGUGCAAAAAGGUUUGAUGAACUAAAAAGCACUGGAAAUUCACCUGUUGACAACCAGUAUAAUCCCUUGAUGGCUGCUGGUGAGAAUCCUGUGGAAACUUUAGCUGUGUACAUCAAAUCCUCCUUGCUUGACACACGGACAGAGUUUCAGGACACUGCUAUUGGGCAGGAUUCCAUUACCAUAACUGGAAGACCCAGCACAACCUCCACAAGGAAUUGUUCUUCAGAAUCUGACAAAGGUCCUGUGCAUAAAGAUGAAGAAAGCACUGAUGAGAGCCAGGGGCCAAAUAUGGUGAUACAUGUGUGUGAUGAAGCAAAGAACCUCAAAGAAGAUUUUGUAUGUCCUCGAGAUCUUUUGAUUUCCGAAAUGAAAUACUUUGCUGAAUAUCUAUCAGUGGAUGCCCAGCGCUGGGAAGAAGUGGACAUUUCAGUGCACUGUGACGUUCACAUCUUUGACUGGUUGAUAAGAUAUGUUAAAAGGAACACCAAAGAUGGUGAAGCUUAUGAAAUCCCUGCUUUAGAACCAGCAAAUGUCAUAUCAAUUCUUAUUUCUUCUGAGUUUUUGAAGAUGGAUUCAUUAGUAGAAAAAUGUAUUCAUUAUUGUCACAAAAAUAUGAAUGCUAUUGUAGCUACGCCUUGUAACAUGAAUUGUAUCAAUGCUAAUCUUGUUGCACAUAUUGCUGAUCUGUUUACUCACAAUGAACUGGAAGAGCUGAAGGACAAGAGGGAUAAAUUUAAAAGCAUCCUGCAAUCUCUAUUGUGGAAAAUAUAACUUAGGAUGGCUGGAAUCUUGAAGAGCUGUGAUGGAGUAUCUUUUCAGAAAGCAUAUGAUAAGGACUCUGGCCUAGCCGUUGUCAAGAGAAGGCCAAUUAUUGGAGGGCAGAGUGACAGACAAGCGAAAUGAAAGUAAAAACUUAUUUUAAUCAGUAACAACUUUCAACUUUAUAGCUAUCAGAACUGAUCAGAACUGAAGUUAACUGUAGUUUUACAAUAAAGAUCUUCUGUUCAGGGUAGAUGCUGGUAGCUUACAUUGGCCAAAA